AUGCUCUGGGCGUCGCCCCUCCUGGUCGAGCUGCCCUGCAGCGCCGAGGACGCUGCGCAGUACCAGGCCUUCUGGCUGCUGGCACAGUUCGAGGCCUCGACGCUGGUGGCGGAUGGCACGGAAUGUCUUGUUGCCGCUCCACGGAUGCCGGUGCAGCACUGGUUGCCCGCGCCUGGUCCGAGCUCCUGGCACUGCGUGCUCUGGCCCGCAUGCACUCACGGGGUAACGGCCCCGCCGAGCCAGGAAUCAGCCGUGGCCCCGGACAUCAGGGACUGCCUGCGGCACCGCCGGGAUGCUCUGGGCGUCGCCCCUCCUGGUCGAGCUGCCGCAGAUCGCCGAUGCCCGCCUGCGCAGUUACCAGCCCUUCUGGCUGCUUGGCACAGUUUCGAGGCCUCGACGCUGGUGGGCGGAAUGGGCACGGGAAGGUCUUUGUUUGCAGCUCCACGGGAUGCCGGGGCAGCACUGGUUGCCCGCGCACUGGUCCGAGCUGCCUGGGCACUGCGUGCUCUGGCCCGCAUAGCACUUCACGGGGUAGGGCCCCGCCGAGCCAGGAGCGUGCCUGCCCCGGACAGCAGGAGCCCGGCACCGCGGAUGCUCCGGGACGCUGCGCAGUACCAGGCCUUCUGGUCGCUGGCGCAGUUCGAGGCCUCGACGCUGAUGGCGGAUGGGCACGGGAAGGUCUUGUUGCCGCUCCACGGGAUGCCGGGGCAGCACUGGUUGCCCGCGCACUGGUCCGAGCUGCCUGGGCACUGCGUGCUCUGGCCCGCAUAG